AUGUCCACCGCAGCACCCGAGGGAAGCUCUCGUCAUGCAGGCACAGCUGUUGGCAGCAACCCGCUCCGAUCGCCGACGCGAACAGCAGCUACACGCAGUUCAGCAGCUCGUCAAUCGACAGGCGGACGCUCGAGUGCGGGCGCAGUGAAUGUGGGCAGUGCAGUUUCCAGCCCUUCUCUGCAUUCCAGACAGCGACAGAGCUUGUUUGGAGAGAGCGAUAGGGUGGUGCUGGAUAUCGGCUUGUCCGUCGCUAAGUACGGCUUUGAAGACGAAUCCAGACCCCGCGGCUUGCUCAGGACAUCGCAGUACAGCCUAUGGACUCCAGACUUUUGGAAAGGAUGCAAAGACGAGAGGGCGAGAAGGAGCAGAGAGUUGGACUUGCUGGUCAACGUCACCAAGCUCCUGAGAGUCAUCUUUUACGACCUACUGCUCAUCGAUCCACGAGGCAGGAGGAUCGUUCUGGUGGAGAAUGCCCUCUUGCCUGAUUAUGCUGCUCGCGCGCUGUGCAAAGUGCUGUUCAGCAAUCUUCAAGUCGCGAAUGUCGCCCUUUUGCCCGCUCCGCUCAUCAGCUUGCUGGCAGUCGGUCGCAUGACAGGUCUGGUGCUGGACGUGGGCACGCACCAUAGCCGACUCACUACAGUGUACUACGGUCGAUUGUUGUCAUCCAGACCAGACAUACUCGUCACGCGGCGAGGCUCUGUAAGGCUGAAAGCGAGGCUAAAGAACUUGCUAGUGUACUUUGGAAGGUAUGUUGCCGCCACGCCAAGCACCGCCAGCAGGAAGCAGCGGACGUCAAAGAUCAGGGCAGAGUUGCUCGAUGACGCCUUCUUGGAUGACAUCAUCGCCAAGGCGAUCUUUGUUGCGCAGAAGCCUAUUGAGGACGUCGAGGAGCAGCGCCGCAGUGAGACCGCAGAUGUGGACACUUCGGACCAAGCCAGGCCCGCCGCAGCUACUCCCACGCCGUCCACAUUUGGUCUCACGCCGACGUCUGGCCCUCAAGCAUCCUCGUCGGCUCUGGACAUUGAAGGCAGAGCUUACGAUGAGAGCAAAGACGAGGCGCUGAUGCGUCAGCUGCAAUCUCGCUACGCACACACAUCCAAAGCAAGCUCGCUCAUCCUGCCCGUGCCUUCUCGCGAAUCGUCCGACCCUCACGCGCCAGUCUUGCAGAACAGCACGGCGAGCUCUGCCUCGCAGCAACAACACAGCCAGGCCAGUGGAGUCAUUGUCGUGCCCAAUUGGAUCAGAGAGCGCGCAGUGGACGUCCUCUUUGAGCCUGGUGAUGACGACGAGAAGAGUUUACCCGAAUUGAUUUGUGAUGCUUUGAUUAAUGUGAGUUCAUCUGGGCCGUGUGUUGGCUGUUUGUAGAGUCGAGCGCUAAUGAUGAGCCCUCAAACCUCUUUGCUCCCAUUCGAUAGCUGCCCAUCGACAUGCGGAUACCGCUCGCGAAGCAAAUGCUGGUCACUGGUGGCGUUGCUACCAUGGCUGGCUUUGCACACAGGCUCAAGGAAGAAGUGACGCGUCUGCUGGACAAUUGCACCAUCGAUCAGCCUCACUCCGUCGCACUCACAGUGCCUCGCGUUGGAGCAUGGCCCGGCAGAUCCGAACAGAGCGCUCGCAAGGCAUCUCGAGCCUUAGCUGACAAGGACCUCAAUAAGGCUCAAGUCGGCGCAGCAGGGACGGAUGAUCGAGACACUCGAGGAAAGGAUACCACGGAGCGCAAAGCCCCACCGAGGGAAAUCAUGCGAUACGCUCCUAUAGCUCAUUUGUGGCAACACGUCUCGCUGAUGAACGACCACAUGCCCUACAUUCAUUCCAACGGUCAAGCACAAGGUGGGGAUGCCCCAGCAUUCGCCCCUAAUGUCGUCGCUUGGGUAGGCGCCAGCUUAGCAGGUAGCAUUCGCACCACCUCCCUCUCCGAAAGGACGAAGGAGGCGUGGGAGGAAGCCGAAGCGCAGGAGAGGGAAAGGCUGAACAGGUUGGGCGCGAACGAAGAUGCGGCUGGUGCUAGACCAUUGUUUGGAUCGGGAAGGGGAAGCUUCGUCGGUGUAGUCGGCGGCAUUCAUACUGGCGCUUGGGGCGCGCUCUCAGCGCACCUCAGAGCCGGUCCCAGAUCACCCGCUCCCAAUCCCACCGCCAGGUAG